AUGACCGAAAACCAUGCGCGCAUCUCCCCCGCGCUUGUCGAGACAAUUGCUGGCCUCUCGGCCGGUACAGCAUCUACUCUAGCUGUUCAUCCUCUUGAUGUUAUCAAAACUCGAUUACAAAUUCAUCGCAGUAUAUCCCGCACACCAGCCAGCGGUCUCACCAUCUUCCGCAGCCUUACAAAACAACCUCAACCUCUUAAAAGUCUCUACCGCGGCCUAACUCCCAAUCUCACAGGCAAUGCUAGCAGCUGGGCCCUCUUCUUCUACUUCAAAAAUAUUUUCGAAUCCUCACUCCGCUCUUUCCACAACCAACGUUCAGAUUCCAAUUAUGUAUCACUCACGCCCCUCGACUAUUUCCUUGCGUCCGGCUCGGCCGGUAUCAUGAUUACCAUCUCUACAAAUCCAAUAUGGGUGCUCAAAACCCGAAUGCUGAGUUCGGAUCGCGGAGCUAAGGGCGCUUAUCAGAUCAUGGAGCUGUUCAAUUUGCUGUUUACGAGCCUCUAA